AUGCGGCAGCUUCCAGAUGCAUCAGAUCCAUGCGGAGCCUUUGGGGCAGUGCUUCGCCCCGUCGUGUUGCAGCAGCUUGGUGCAAACGCAGCUCAGGAGGAACAUGCCACUCCUUCCCGCAGCGAGGACAUGGCAGAAGGCAAGAGCUCUUCAACAGGGACAGAGGGAACCCCCAUGGCGAGGCGACAGCGCAGCAACAGGCGGAAGUGUCGCACUGAGAAGAAGCGGGGAAAGGCUCUCGAGGCCUCUACCUGGUGGGACGUCGCAGAGGGCGCAGAGGGAGGCGUGCUGCAGGACUGCCAGGAGAUGCUGCCUCUGAGUGACCAAAAGCAACACACCCAGCAGCUCUUGCUUCUGCAGCAGUCAUUGCUGCCUUCUCCUUUGCAGCCCAAACCCCAGUUGCUGAAUUUUAUACGGCUCUACCCUGGAGGCCCUCCCACACCGACAGCUCAGUUGGCGGGGCACCUGCUCUGGCUGGAGGCAGAGACGGUCGAAGGACUGCGCCUCUACAUCACCUCGACGGAGAACGGUUUCUGCGUCUCUUCCCUGAGGCACUGUGCGUACAGUGCGAUAACGGCCCCCGAUGGCAGGUGUCUGCCUUUCUCGGAAUCAGCAGAUGACUUUCUUUUCGACACGUUGGCAGAACUGCUAUGCGCCUACUCUCCGGCCUUUGCCACUGGACAAGAACAAGCAUUAAGCCCUGAGGCCCAUCUUUUCGGUGGAAUGGCACCGACGGCCGCAGCUGUUGCGGCUGCGCAUGCUGGCCAUCGUUUGUGGAAUGCCGAGUAUGCGGCAGUUUUGGAGGCACUACCACCAAGAGACUUCGCGCAGUGUAUUGCGAGCGAAAAGCAGAGCUCCAAGAUAGCUGCAGAGUUUCGUGAAGCGGCUUUGCAGGGAGCUGUCGCACUGCGGGAACGCCAGCUGCUCCCUUACGGGGGACGUUCUAUGCCCAGUAUGAAGACCACAGCGGGCGAUGCACUGAAGGGGCUACCCGCAGCCGCCGUACACCAGGUUUAUGUGCACAAUAACAUUUGCCUAAUGGCAGACAGCGAACUCUUCGGCUGCAGCUGCUCUAUUGCAGAGGGGACAGGACGCUGCCUGGACGCCAACGAUGCUGUCCGUGAGGCAAUGAGAAAGGCCGCUGAGGCAGCAGAGGUGGCCAGGCUAUGUGAGGACGUAGGCCUUGCAGCAGCUGCUGCUUCAUCUGCUUCUGCACCCGCUGCCUUCCGUGGGGCUACCGGAGUAGCAGUGCCUUCCGUUCAAGAGUUCAAAGCUCCAGGCUUGAUGGCUGUGACGGUGGACUAUGCUGGGUGCCGCAUUCUUUGCCAAUCGAUUCACGAGGAUUUACCUGGGGUUCAGAGCUUUUAUAAAGUGGCAGCACAUGAAGCAGAACAAGAGUCUCAAAGUCCUUGCUGCACUGCAAAUACCUUUGCUACUGUUGGGCAGAUUCUGGGGGUUAAGCUCCCCGUCAACAGCAAGACAUCACCGCCACAAUCUCUUCGCCAUUUCUUUCCACUGGACGUUGCAGCUUCUCGUUUCGGGCUAGGAGAGACACCGGCGGAGCUUGCUGCUGCGGCCGCUGUUGCUGCUGCACGUCAUACCGCGCGCGCCAAUGGAGAGCCGGCGGUUGUUGCUGCCGUAGCUGCCACGGCAGCAGCGACAGAGGAACUGAAUGCUGCUGCAGCGGCAGCAGGCUUUGCGCAAGGGCCCUCGCAUGCAACAGAAUGCCCAGAAGUGCGUCCUGAACUGUUGAGGGCUUUCCUGUUGUUCAGAAAGCGACAACUUGCCCAUGAGCGGCUGCAGCAACAAGAGGAGCACAAGACCGGAGGCGACGUGGAGGUCCGGGCAGAGUCUGCUGCUGCACCAAAUGUGCCGCCUACUCUCGAGGAGGAGCUGCAGCUGCGUCUGGAAGAGGUCUGGAGGAGCCAGUGCAGAACCACUACGAAAGAGCUGUUGCGAGCUGCUUCCUGGUUCGGCAGCGACAGCAGAGGGGGCAUAAACGGCUUCAGCCGUCGCGUGGUGCGUCUGCAGGAGCUGACCAAUGAUUGUUGUACUGAUACCCUGUUGAGGUGUAUGGAGAGGGCUAGAGAGCAGCAGGAGGCGUUGCUGGAAACUAGGCGGGAGGAAAUAGACCGUCUUCGCACGGCCCUCGAAAGGCAAUUAGAACAGCGUGAACGAGAAGAGCAGCAUUCUACCUCGACGAAGCAGAAAGAUACGGUACAACAGCAGCAAGAAAAGCUGCUGCUGCAGGAUAACAUGACGCAACAGCAUCAGAAGCGACAGGAGACUUCGAAGGGGAACGAGGAAGGCACAGAUGCGGCAAGGAGGCCCUUAGAUACUGAUUCCGUUGCAGCAAGCGAAAUAGGCGAGGUUGCUGGUACUGUUCCAGCCGGGAUGGCCACAGCCGCACUGGAGGGGAGAGCAGGUGAUGUGGCGUUGCUAUCGCUUCUUGGGGAGGACGUGUCGCUUCUGCAGGACUGCGACCUGGCCACUCGUGCGGGUUCCCUUGCAGCUACUGCAUGUGCGAUGGCAUUCCCUCUCCCUCCAGGCGUUCCGGAGGCUAACCGCCUGCUGGCGGACGCCGGAACAGAGGCUUUGGCUCUUGAUUCAGAAUUAGUUAGUAAGGCAGACCGUGAGAGUCUGCUGCUUCUCUCUGCAUAUCUGCGGCAAGUGGCUGUCCCGUUAGCGGCCAAACUGCUGUGUGCCCACUACCCCAGCAGCGAUCUUCCUCUAGAUUCACAGGGUCUGAAGGCGUUCAUCCACAGCUGCGGAUUAAACUGCCGCCAUUUGGGCGCGAUUUACCGUGCCAUACAGGCAAUGAACCCGGAAAGGGCUGCAUCUCUCCCUGAAAUGCUGCUGGAAAGGGACAUUAUACUGCGCUGUGCGAAGUCUCGCAUAAACCGGCACCUCUCCACGCUUACCCUCGGGGAAGUGGCCCCCGCAGCGGCUCAUCUCAUUUCGUGCUUAUUUUCCGCAGUCGUAUUAUCUUCGCCCUCCCAACCUGCUGUCAAUGGCUCAGGCACGGCAAUGCCUAAUGGCGCAGUAGCAUUGCGUGGAGGCCCCACUAGGGCCUUGGGUGCAGUCCUGGAGGAGACGCCUGAGAGCUUCUGGGAAGCUAUCAGGCGCCGCGCUUGGACGCGCUUUGGUCAACUUUUGCCCGGCACCCCCCUCCAAUGCAUCACCCUGAGCUCGGUUGCUGGCCGCUUCGUCCUUCUGCGCAGCCUGUGUGCUGCCCUCGGAAUACAGCUUCGAGCAGAGGUGAUUCCGCGCUUGUAUCAGCAGCAGCAACAAAAGCAGAAGGUACCUAAGUGGCUAGUGCUGCUGCAGGCGAAUGAGCAGAAACUGUAUAUGGGAGACGAUACUAGCGAAGGUUCUGUAGUGCCUCAUCGGCAGCAGGCAAGAAGCGUUCUUGAAGGUCAGCACCAUGGGGAACAAGUGCUUCAAGGAGGGCAGUGCGACUCCAGUUCUGUAAGCACAAAUGACUUCUGCAGCCACCUAGUGAAGGCGGAGGACAUUACAAGGAUUGCCCCGGUGCCUAAGGGUGCUCACCCCCCGUCUCACGUCGUCCGUGCCCUGCUCUCUGCGGCGUCUCAUUGCUGCGUUUUUGGAAGUUUCGACGCAGCUCUGGACCUGCUGCAGCAAGCCCUUUGUGUAGCUCACCAGCUCUCAGGCGCUACGGGACACCCCCUUCGCUCUUCUCCUUUCCCGUCACAUGGUGGUCGCGAUUAUCUGGUUCUUCCGCUAAUUAGCCCUUCUUCAUAUUCAGCAGACCACGUUAAGCCAACAGGUUUAACAUAUAUGAAGUACGUGCUGAGUUGGCUUUGUGCUGAUGCCGCUCUCAGGGAGGCAUCCACUUGCUAUGCUGCGAUCGGGCAGUUGCUAGGUAUUGUGGACGACCCUCUGAACGCAUGCAACAACUUGCAAAAGUGCCUCAUACUCAUGGAUAGGCGCGCCGGUCCAGACCAUCCGAUAACGCUUGAUAUCCACUCUGCGCUGGCUCACGCCUUCGCCCGACUACCGGGCAACCAAUACACGACCCGUGGACUGCGCCAUAUGCAGCGAGCGCUGCUUAUGCUGCAUACGUGGACCGCAGGCCUUGCCCAUCCAAUGCUACCCUUACUGCUCUUAGGGGCAUCCCGCUGCUUGUUGCAGCAGUACCAACAGUUGCAAAAGCAAAACGAACGAGAACAAGCCUUAGAGAGCGCCGUUCGCUGCCUGAGAGCCGCAGAGGCCGCCCUGGAUGAGUUGCAAGGCUGCAGCCCCGAGUACUGUGCUGAGGUGUACACUGAAUUGUCCUGGAUCUACGAGUCUAUUGGAGACUGGCGUAAGGCUCUUGAUUGGGCAAGGUCUGCCAGAGGGGCGUUCGAGAAGACCACAGCAGACAUAGGGGUGCUGCAGGAAGCAGAGGCGCGAAUGGUACGGCUAACGCGCUCUCUGGUGAUGCAGACGCAACAGCAAAAACUGCAGCAGUAUCAGAGGGGAUUAUUGGUGUCUCGUUUGCGCCAUGCAACUGGCCUGAUGAGGGCAAACAACAGAGUGGAUGUGUCUGCUCUACUGCCCUGCGCUGGGUCCUCCUGA